AUGGGCCAUACUCAAAGCACCAUAUUUUCCUCUGUAUCAGCCGAAACAGCCUUGACUGCUGUCGCAGUCGCAGGUGCUGUGGGUUUUGCCGUGGUCCAAAUUUCGAAUUCGUCGCAGGCUAAAGCUCAGCCGCCGCCUCCAGAAACGAAAGGGAAGAAGAAGGGGAAGGGAAAGGCAAAAGGCAAAGGGAAGGAAACGUCUGCCUCGCUCCAGGACAGCAGCGCUAGUACUGCGGUUGAGCAGAAGGAGGUACCAGUCGCGAGUUCUGCUGAGGGUAUUCCCGGGGACUUCGAGGCUACAAAGGUGCCUCCUGAUGUCUCCAUAGCAUCCAAGGAGUCAAUAUCCUUGCCGAAGAAGAAGAAGAAUAAGGGGAAGAAGAAGAAAGGUGCUGCGGCUAAAGCAGAAUCUCAGUCGCCUUCCUCCUCUGCUCAAGUACCACCUUCGUCUCCUCCUCCACCACCUUCAAAGCUGCCAACAAUGACAGAAACACCAAAAUACCAGGCUGUUCCUACUGCUGAGGUAUCCCAAGGACCAGCGACCAGCGGUGAAACCGACAACAGCUCUAACACUGGAGCAACUACACCUACACGGUCUACUACUUCUGAGUCAUCUCCAAGAGCAGCCCCUGCUGCAGGCUUCUCGUGGGGCGACUAUGAGGAUGCACACGAUGUGGAAGAUGAUGAUGAAGGUUGGGGGGUUGUGAAGCGGAGCCGUGGAUCUCAUAAUGCCAGUAUUGCGAACUUCUCGUCGAACGUGAACAAAACCGCAUCAACAUCUAACCAACCUCAGACAAAGCGUCAGCGGCAGAAUGCUGCCCGGAAGGCGGCAGAGAAAGCGGCCAAGGCUGAGGCAGAGAAAGCGAGGCUGGUAGCGCUUGCUAAGCACCACGGAGAGCUAGAAAAGACUCGGAUGUCAGAGCUCUCUAGCAGAAGAGGUGGGAAUAAAGUUAGUGGAGGGAUGACGGCUACUGUUGAUGACAACGGGAAGCUAGUGUGGGAGUAG